AUGUUCUCUGUGAAAUUACUGCUGUUGUUGAGUGUAUCGGCUGUGUCCUUGGGCCAGCGUCUCUCUGACGGCGAAAGCUCAAGAAGUGCAGGUGGUUACGGUAUCUACCGUCCCGGGUAUAAUAAUUACCCCGGAUACGGUGGUUACCCCGGCAACAAUUACCCCGGAUAUGGAGGUUACCCCGGUCAAUAUCCAGGCGGUUAUAACGGAUAUCCGGGAGGAUACGGCGGCUCUGGACAGGGAUAUCCCGGUUAUGGUGGAGGAUAUAACGGUUAUCCGGGUUAUGGUGGAUACGGACAAGGAUAUCCGGGUUACGGAGGUUACCGUCCUAACAGACCCGGUUAUCCGGGUUUUUCUGGUUACUCCGGCUAUCAACCCGGUUACAACAGACCCGGUUAUCCGGGCAGCAUUUUCGGCGGCUUCGGCGAUAGUUUCGGUGAUUUCUCACUAGGACGCAGAGCGGGCGAAGUGAAAAGGAAUAGCGGAUCACAAUCAUAG